AUGAGUAAACAUAUUAAUGAACUUUAUUAUACUAUUCUAUAUAGUAUUUUAACUUGAAUAUUAACUUCCAUAAUUAUAUAUAAUAAAAUAGAAAUUAUAAUAUCAUGAUAUAUUAAAUAUUUGAAUAUAGAUAUAUCAUUAAUUUAUAUACAAAUAUCUGAAGCAUUUAUUAUUUAUAUUAAAUUAUCAUUGUUAUGAGGAUUUUAUGGAACAUUAUUUAUUAUUAUAUUAUUAAAUUUUUUAUAUAUUAGAUCCGCAUUAUAUAAAUAUGAAGAAUAUAAUAUAAAAAAAUUUGUUAUUAUUUUUAUAUUUUUAAUUAUUCCGAUGAUUAAUAUAAUAAUUCAACCUUUAUUUUUAAAAUAUUUAAUUUUAUAUUUUAGUAGUUUUCAAAAUUCUUAUUAUAAUCUUACUUUAAUGCAAAAUAUACAAGAUUUUUAUAAUCUUAUUUAUAAUAGUACUAUAUUAUUAUAUUUAUUUUCUUUUACACCUUUAAUAUUUUAUUAUUUAUCUCAAUUAAAUAUUAUUCAAUUAUCAUCUAUAAAAAAUAUACGAAAAUAUAUUCAUUUCUCUUUAUUAAUAUUAUCUGCAUUAAUAACACCUCCGGAUAUUAUAACUCUUAUUAUAAUUUGUAUACCUCUUAGUAUUUUAUUUGAAUUUACAUUAUUAAUAUCUUACUUAAUAUUUACAAUUAAAAAUAAUAAAUAA